AGCACACUCAAAGUCAGCACUACGCCGGCACCAAAAGUGACCUAAACAAAAUCCCGUGGGAAGCAGCCUUCUCCACCCUCUAUCAGUCACCCAGCUGGACUUGGGCAUUUUUCCUCCUUGAUUGUACGAAACCAGCCAGCCUUAUUAUCUUGCAAAUCAGCACGGCCCUCGCACCUGAACCUUCUUCUCCUCAUUUCUCCCCUUGUAUUACUACGACUCCAAUAUCAACCAUGACAGGAUUUCUUAGCGGUUUCCGGGGACACAAGCCCUCGGAGCUCACGAUUACAGAGUCCAACCAUAGCAGCGGCAGCCAUCAGACAUACUACCCUGUGAACAGCAAACAUGUCAGCAGCUCGGCCGGCCUGGCCACGCCGCACACGCAGUCGCCAUAUACGCAGUCGCCCAUGCGCUACACACCGUUCCUUGAUUUCAGCAGCCACGGCCUGACGGCUGUUCCAAACGAUAUACCUGCUGAGGCAUUCUCUAUCAACCUGAGCACAAAUAUGCUGACGCAGGUUCCGCCCAGCUUUGGACGCACAUUCUCGGCGCUGAACAUCCUGGACCUGUCUGGGAAUCAGCUCACGUCGCUGCCUGAGGAAAUCAGCCAUCUGACGAAUCUGCGGGAGCUGUACGUCAACAAGAAUGCGUUGACACACCUGCCUUUGACGCUGGGGUCGAUGCGCAACCUGGAGGUAUUGGACGUGUCGGAAAACUACAUUCAGUUAUUGGAUAUGAGCAUCUCGCGGCUGGAGCUGCUGCGUAUGCUCAACAUUAGCGACAACAGACUCACAUUCCUGCCGCCGUACCUGGGUCUCCUGGCGCAGAACCUGCGCAUCCUGCUGGUCGACGGAAAUCCAUUCGACAAGCACCAGCGCGAUCUGAUCGAGCCGAUUCUGACUAUCCCGUCGCGCGAAGCCAAGAAGAUUGCCAAGGCCAAGGAGAAGUCAGAUAAGCUGCGUGCAAAGGCGGCCAAGAACGGCAGCACGCUGGUUCGCUAUGACAAUCUGGAGCCCCUGCACAGCAAGGAGUAUAUGGCGGCAGUGAAAAAGCUGAUCAUGGUGCGUCUGAAGCGCGGGCGCAAGCAGUCGGUGGCCACCACUGCGCCCUCGCAUUUGGCCGACCCGCGUGCAUCAAUAGUCAGUUCUGUCCCCAGCGUCCAGCGCACCAAGUCGCAGUCUGUUCAGCCCACGUCUGUCAGCGACCAGGCGUCCAUACACCGCGGGACCACUGGUCGUAGCACGUCGCUACACAGCGCCAUAACCCACAACUACAUUGAUAUGAACAUCCCGCCGUCGCCGCAGAUACCUCAAAUGUUCAACCAGUCGCGCGACAGCGCGGUGAUCCCGACGGAGGUGGUUGCCCAGCAGAUGGCCAAUCUGAAUAUCCAAGACCCUGGCUUUAUGAGCCAGCAGCAGAGCACUCCCGACAGCUCGGCUGGGGGUACGCCCAGCAUUGUUGGCUGGGAGACCAUCAACCCGCCGCAGUCCGAGCUCAAUGACUACAGCUGCCGCGAGCUGCCCCCGCCCCCGCCUGCAGGUAUCCCGACCGAGUCUGCUCGCGAGGUUGCCCUGAACAUUGCCAAGCGCAUCGCUACCGGAACCACAGGCAGCAAUGCGCUGACUGACCAGGAGCUGGCAGCCAUGGCUGGCUCCUACCUGUCGCCCACAUCGGCUGUCACCAACAGCAGCAUUGUCAGUGGCCCGUCGGGGCUCUCUGGCCGCGACAGCACGUACUCGGGCUCUGGCGAGUCCCAUGGCUCGUCGAUGGACGACAGCGCCAGCCUGAUCCAGGAUGCAGCCAAGGUUGCGCGCAUCCACACCGAAAUUGAGAACGUGCAGGCGAUGCUGGCUCAGCAGCGUGACGGCAACGUGCGUAUUGACGGCGCCUCGGGCAUCGAGCGGGUGUAUCGCCAAAAGUCGGUUGAGGCUGGCGACAGCCAGCGCAUGAAGAUCCUGUCCGAGCUGCUAGUCACAGAGGUGACCUAUGUGGACACCCUGAAGAACGUGGUUGGGAUCUUUUUGAACCCCAUGCGCGAGGCCAAGAUCCUGUCGGAGACUGAGCUGCGUGAAAUCUUCUCCAACAUCGAGGUCAUCCUGGCAUUCCACAACGACCACUUCCUGCCUGGCAUCACGUACGCCAUCUCACAGCAGGACAUGCGGAUCGGCGAUAUCUUUUUGCACCACAUUGCACACUUCAAGCUGUACUCGACAUACACCAACAACCACGACACCAGUGUCAAGACGCUGGCCAAUGUGUCGUCGCGUCGCAACGUCAGCUCGUUCAUUCAGAAUUCGCGCUAUGAUGUAACGCAGAUCGGGCAGGUCGGCCUCGACGGCCACCUGCUGACGCCGGUGCAGCGGCUGCCACGCUACCGCAUGCUGCUGACGGACCUGCUGUGCAACACGCCGCCCAGCCAUCCCGGACCACGAGCCGCUCUGAACCGGACCAUCCACGAUGUCAACGAAAAGAAGCGCAUGUUUGAGAACCAGGCCAAGCUGCGCAAGAUCCAGGACAAGGUGGCCGGCGCCGCCGACAUCCCGCUGAUCACCCCGCACCGCAAGUUCAAGCUGAUGGCCAACUUUAGGCUGCAGAUCCUGUCCGAGCCGUAUGUCGGCCGCUCAGGCGAGAUGUCGGCCCGGCGCAUUGGUGUGGGAACGGUUUACCGGUUCUUCCUGUUCAACGACAUGAUCCUGCAGUGCACAAUCAUCAUGAACAAGGAUCUCAAGGUCAAUCGCAUCUACCACCUGGCCACGCGUGUCGCACCAGCCGAGGUCACUUGCGACAGCGAGCUGCGCAUUGUCGACUCGGAGGGCAUCCUGUAUCUGAAGGGCGACCCGUCCGAUCUGCGCAGGUGGGCACACGAAAUCAACACUCGCCUCGAGACAUAGUAAAAUCCACAAUGUUGAAUAGCUGUCUAAUGAAAUCUGUGUUUUUACGUACACU